CAAGUUUCCGUGAGGUGGAUAAGUUUUCGCCGCAUAUUUACUUACGAUACCAGUGAGCUGUUGAUAACGAAACACGAUGACGUGUGCUUUGCCGUAAGUGAAAGUAACUAACAAGUGGUAGGAGCAAUACGCGUAGGCCUUCAAUAUCUGUUGUGUAUUGUGGCAACUGCAGUCUGUCGCGAGCCGUGGUUUUGUACGCUUGGAUCCAUUAUAACGUUCUGCUUCGUUUACGAUGUGUGGAAUUUUUGCAUACAUUAAUCAUCUAACGCCUAAAACAAGGCGAGAAAUAUUAGAAUUGUUAGUAACCGGAUUAAAACGCUUGGAAUAUCGUGGCUAUGAUUCAGCAGGCGUCGCUGUUGAUGCCGCAGAUCAGAAAGACAUCGCUGUUCUCAAGCGAAGAGGCAAAGUAGCCGCACUCGAGGAACUGUUGCAGGAGCGCAGUGUAGAACUGUCAGUGGAAGAUUGUGUAGAGUCGCAUUGUGGCAUCGCUCACACGAGAUGGGCCACUCACGGCGAGCCCAGCGCUGUCAACGCUCAUCCGCAGCGGUCUGGCGAGGACAAUGCUUUCGUUGUCAUCCACAAUGGAAUCAUCACCAACUACAAAGAAGUUCAAACUUUCCUUGAGAACAAGGGCUACAUUUUUGAAUCUCAGACUGACACUGAAGCCAUUGCUAAGCUGAUUCAUCAUCUUUACAACCAGCACAAGGAUUUCAGCUUCCAAGAACUGGCUGAACAGGUAAUUCAACAGUUAGAAGGUGCCUUUGGUUUGUGCUUUAAGUCCCGAUACUUCCCAAAUGAGUGUGUGGCAACCCGCCGUGGUAGCCCACUGCUUGUGGGCAUCAAAACCCGACGUCGCCUCUCCAGUGACCAUGUGCCCAUCAUGUACACCAACAACAAAGCUACCCGCGGUGUUGUGCCAUCUGUGCCCAGAGUGAACAGCCAUGCUCAUUUCCAGCCAGAAGAAGAAAGAGAAGUAGAAUAUUUCUUUGCCUCUGAUGCCUCUGCAGUAAUUGAGCAUACAAACAGAGUUCUGUACUUCGAAGAUGAUGAUGUUGCUCACAUCAAAGAUGGUGUUCUUAGCAUUCACCGCUUGUCUGGCAGUAGCAGUGAUCCUCAUCAGCGAGAAAUCUUUACCCUGAAAUUGGAACUGCAGCAAAUUAUGAAGGGAAAUUAUGACUACUUUAUGCAAAAGGAAAUCUUUGAACAGCCAGAAUCCAUUGUGAACACUAUGAGAGGACGUCUCAACUUUGCUGAUAGCACUGUUACUUUAGGAGGUAUUAAAGAUUAUAUCCCUGAAAUUAAAAGGUGCAGGAGGUUGAUGUUGAUUGGGUGUGGUACGAGCUACCACAGUGCUGUAGCUACUCGUCAACUUCUGGAAGAAUUAACCGAAUUGCCUGUUAUGGUAGAGCUGGCUUCUGAUUUCCUGGACAGGAACACACCUGUAUUCCGUGACGAUGUUUGCUUCUUUAUCUCUCAGUCUGGAGAAACUGCUGACACUUUAAUGGCUCUACGCUACUGCAAGCGUCAUGGUGCUCUUAUCGUCGGAAUCACCAACACAGUAGGAAGUUCCAUUUGUCGCGAGUCUCAUUGUGGUGUGCACAUCAACGCCGGCCCGGAAAUUGGUGUCGCAUCUACAAAAGCUUACACAUCUCAGUUUGUGUCUUUAGUAAUGUUUGCCCUGGUAAUAAGCGAGGAUCGUAUAUCUCUUCAAAAAAGACGCGCAGACAUAAUUGAAGGUCUACAUGAAUUGGACACAAAGAUUCGUCAAGUUCUAGCUUUAGACAAUGAAGUGAAAAAAUUGGCUGAAGACCUGUACCGUCAACGAUCUCUACUUAUCAUGGGUCGCGGAUACAACUUUGCCACUUGCCUUGAAGGCGCCUUAAAAGUAAAAGAAUUGACGUACAUGCAUAGUGAGGGCAUUAUGGCCGGUGAACUGAAACAUGGUCCUCUGGCACUAAUUGACGACUCGAUGCCGGUCGUAAUGAUCGUAAUGCGCGACCCUGUUUACACAAAAUGUAUGAAUGCGCUACAGCAGGUUACUGCCCGUCAAGGUCGCCCUAUCCUCAUUUGUGAGGAAGGCGACAAAGAAACAAUGGCGUUCGCUUCACGGUGCCUACAAAUACCUAAAACUGUGGAUUGUCUUCAGGGAGUCCUCACGGUUAUCCCGAUGCAGCUCCUCGCGUACCACAUCGCCGUAUUGCGCGACUGUAACGUCGACUGCCCACGUAAUCUCGCUAAAUCGGUUACCGUGGAAUAGGUAACUUUACACUAUUAUAAGCACGUACACAUAGUUGAUACUACUGUAACAUAAAACAUCGACAAUAGGGUAGUGUCCAGGGUCGAAAUAAUGAAAUAAUAUUUAGUCCGCUUUUUAGAUAAUCAAAAAAUAUUGGAUACGUA